GGGAGAGUACGUACGUGCAUACAUACCAGUAUACAUAGAGAUUUACUACUAUAGUACUAUAGUUAGUUAGUUAGUAUACACACAGUCUCCUCACAGUAAGCUCCCAGUAAGGAGGUCCCGAGGUAUGAGAUAUCUAUAUGCAAGGACUUUAGUGGCAACCUCCAUCUUUUAUAUAUAAAUGCGGUAAUAUCCUGUCUAUUUUUUAUCUAUUCGCAUCUAUUCACAUCUGUUCCCAUCUAUACAAUACCCAUAUAUAUCUAUUUAUAUCUGCCAUCUCGGCCUCGUCAUACGUCAUACGUCAUACGCUGCAAUGAAGGACAACGGCACCCAUCUCUACCCAAAUGAGCAUGUCUCCGAGAAGGUUACAGAUUAUGCCUUUGAACACUCCACCAAGCUUCCAGACUACAUCACGAAGCACCAUGCUUGGGGUUCCGACCAACCAAAGGCGGGGUUCAUGAUCUCGCCCUUCCAGACCCAGUUCCAGAUCUGGUUUGCAAAGGCACUUGGAGCCAAGAGAAUCCUCGAGAUUGGUUGCUACAUCGGUUUCUCAGCCCUUGGCUUUUCCGAAGCAGUCGGUCCAGAUGGUCACGUCACAACUCUCGAGUUUGACCCGGAAUACGCCCAGAUUGCACGUGAGACCUUCGAGAAGAAUGGCGUGAAGAACGUCGAAGUUAUCGUCGGAGAUGCGAACAAGAGUAUUCCUGAGCUGGCCCUGGCCAUCGACCAGCCGUACGAUCUGAUCUUCAUCGAUGCAGACAAGAUAUCCUACCCCAAUUAUCUCGCUCUCAUCCUUUCACUUUCAACGUCCACUAGUCAAGUGCGCCUUCUCAAGUCUGGAGGCACAAUUAUGGCGGAUAAUAUUCUCCGCCGUGGUGUUGUCGCUGACAGGAGCGCCUCAAACCCAAAUGCCACCCCCGAAGAGCUUUCAACUGAGAAGGGGGGUAGAGCCGAGCAGUUGGUCGCUCUGGAUAGGUUCAACAAGGAACUUGUUCAGAACGAGCGACUUGAGACCUUCCUGCUUCCACUAUUCGACGGGUUGGGAAUGGGGAGGCUGAAGGAUUAGUAAGGCUAGGAGCAUAGUUAAUACUGUAGCCUACCUGUCUCGAGCAAAGACGCCAGAGAUAUAGUUACACCAACAUCUUUAUCUACCUCUCAUUGGCGU